UGUAGCCUAAGUGCAUACAUCUUCACAACUUCAUUAUGAAAGGGAAAGGUGGGCUGAUCGUCGAAAUCCCCUCUGAGGAGAGCGGAACAAUAGCGCUGGUGAGAGUUGAAAGGGACACUGAGGACGCGUUGGACUUUUCUCUCAGUCGACACAUAACAAGGAAAAGAAGGAUGAAGAUGGGCAGCAAAAUCCUUUGAGAUUUAUUUUAAGACAGUGGCCUCAGCAACUGAUCCAAACGACUCACUUCAAACUACAUAAGAACAACUUAUUCAAAUGCGGACUGGCCCAUUUUCUCUGUGUAAUCAUAUCCCGCUCCAAGUUUUCUCUCACAGUUCAGCAGCCUAUGAAAAGAAAUGAUGGGAGUUAUGCGCAGUUGAUGCCUCCAAGAAGCCACCCCUAUCCUCCCUGUCUGACUUUGGAUCCUGUAUUAUUGCCAGAUUCUGACCUCAGACCAAGAGAAGAGGAAGACUUCAAUGGAAAAUCAUGCAGCACUUUGAACCCAUGGAGACAUGGCACAUAGGUUCCUCUCAUCUACGAACAGAUUCAGCGCAAGAUUCGCCUUCCUGUUCACUGUGUCCCUGUCGUGCACCUAUUUAUGCUAUAGUAUUAUUUUUUGUCGCAGCACAAUCAUGACAAACCAGGGUUACGAGGGGAAAAGAUGCCCCCCGAACAAGAACGCAGGAGGAAAGAAACUUCUUGGAAAAUUAGACAAUUGCGCUUCGCUGGAAUUCAGGUCUGCUCUGGAUGUGUCUGCUGCCCUGCCAGGAUCAAGUGAUCUCCGCGACCAAAGUAAAGCCCCUGCCUCGUCUGGAAAUCACUGGACUGACGUGAAGAUGAGAAACGUGAGCGUUGCACAAAAAUAUGGGAAUAAGAAGCUGCCCAAUGCCUUAAUAAUCGGUGUAAAGAAAGGAGGCACCAGGGCGGUGCUGGAGUUCAUCCGGAUACAUCCAGAUGUGCGCGCACUCGGAACAGAGCCGCACUUUUUCGACAGAAACUACGACAGAGGGCUGGAUUGGUACAGGGGGCUAAUGCCACGAACGUUAGACAGCCAGAUCACAUUAGAGAAGACUCCAAGCUACUUUGUCACCAGAGAGGCACCUAGACGCAUCUCCACCAUGUCCCAUGAGACUAAGCUGAUUGUUGUGGUGCGUAACCCAGUCACAAGAGCCAUCUCUGACUACACACAGACUCUUUCCAAGAAGCCUGACAUCCCUACAUUUGAAGAACUGGCGUUUAAAAACAGAAGUCUGGGUCUCGUAGACACUUCCUGGAAUGCCAUUCGGAUUGGGAUGUAUAUUCUGCACCUAGAGAACUGGCUGCAGUACUUUCGUCUGUCGCAGAUGCACUUUGUGAGCGGGGAGCGGCUGAUCACGGAUCCAGCAGGGGAAAUGGGUCGUGUUCAAGACUUUUUAGGACUGAAACGAAUAAUCACAGACAAGCAUUUCUACUUCAAUCGAACCAAAGGUUUCCCUUGUCUGAAGAAGCCGGAGAGCAGCAGCCAGCCGCGCUGCCUCGGCAAAUCCAAGGGUAGGACUCACGUACAGAUCAACCAGGAGGUCAUAGAGCAGCUACAGGAGUUUUAUAGGCCGUUUAAUAUCAAAUUCUAUGAAACUGUGGGACAAGACUUCAAGUGGGAUUGAGAGCGCCAUAUCAACACAGUGUUGUUUUUAAAAUGGCUACCUCUAGAGAUGUUAAAAUAUAAAUGAGGGUAUCUUCAACAGAAUGUACAUGUUUAUUGAAUUAAAGUAUGUGCAAAGUGACAUGAUUAAUAUAAAAUAAAGGACACAUCAGACAUUAUCAUAAAUGGUUUCACAUCAUGCUGGGCCAUUAUAGUGAAAAGUGCCAUUUGAAAGAUAUAUUUCCUUUACUGUACACAGAACCUAUGAAUUUAUCACCAGACAACCAGUAUUAAAUCACAAACCAGUUCAUUAAUCAGCAGCCAUCAUAAUGCCUAUAUUAAAAACAUUGCUUGAAUAUUCAUGACCCAUUUUUAUUUAUUCAUCAUGUCCACACAGAAUUAAUCACUAGCUUUACAGUUGAAAUGAGCUCUCAACCUGAAGUUGCAGCAAAAUGUCAAAUGGAUAAUACAAUCAGCCUGUCCAUUAUUCUGCAUUGAAAUUUAUCUUGUUGUUGAAAAAAGCUCCUAGGCAACCAUGACUAAUUUACUGAAUAAAUGUACUGAAACUGAAAAGAAAAACAAAAACUGUAUUAAGACAGAUUCUAUAACACUGAUACUGAACACUGAAUUCUACUUCAGUUUUUUUCUGUGUUAGUAUUUCUAUUGUGAUCAUCAAAAUAAAAGGAA